AUGUCCGAAUCCUGCUGCACCUGCGCAACGCUCCUUAUCCAAGUGCCCCGCUACAGCGAGUGCUCAGAGAAGCCGGUGCCCGCAGACCGACAACUAGAAUGUUGUCCACGCGUUAUAUGCGGGAACUGCCUCCAUAAAAACGAACGCUUCAACACCUACUGCCCCUACUGUCAAAUCAGCCAAGCCCCCACCUCCCUCCCUCAGGGCCUCAAAGAGCCGCCCUCCUACACCUCCAUUGCAACAACUAGUUCCAGCUCAUCGUACUCCCUCGCGCCGCCGCCCUAUUCCGCAACUGCAGACCAACCCCGCAAACCCGUAGACCCGUUGGAUGAAAAAUCCGUACCUUUGGACGACGAGCCCCCCGCAGAAGACACCCUGCACUUCCUAAAUCACACUCACGAUACCAUCUCCUCGCUCUCCUUGCGGUACGGCGUUCCCGCGUCGGCAUUGCGAAGGGCGAAUAAUAUCACGUCCGACCACCUGCUUCUGGGGCGGCGGACUGUGAUCAUACCAGCGGAGUACUACAAAGUCGGUGUUAGUCUAUCGCCUCGUCCGGUUGAUGGGGAGGAGGAGGAGCUGCGGAAGAGUAAAAUCAGAAGGUUCAUGGUUAGGUGCAAAGUAUCGGAGUAUGAUGUUGCGGUACUGUACCUCGAGCAGUCGGGGUACGAUUUGGACGAGGCGAUUGAGGCGUAUGUUGCUGACGAGGAAUGGGAGAAGAAUCAUCCUGUCAAGGGAUUGGGAAGGGGAAAAGAAGUUGAAAGGGCAGCGGCUGGGAAAAGAAGAGGGCUUUCAUGGAAGCGUCGUGAUUGA